AUGUCCGAAACUCUGGGAUCGUCAGCAGCCCGAGCUGGCUGCGUGGUCUCCGUGUCCCACUCCCAGGUCUCCAGCGGACCUUCCAGCGGCAGUGGCGUCCUCUUGAGUCAAGACCCGGGGAUUGUUCUUUGCCACGGGAUCCUCUUUUCCCCUUUCCUUCUGGAAGCCGAGCAUCCUGAUUGGUCUCGGGGCAAAGUCCUCCUCGCCGAUCACUUCUCGCCGGGCCUCCAGAUCCAGGUGCUUAGGGCAAGUGGAUGCAGCAGGAAAGUGAACCGGAUUUCUCUGGCUGGCGACCUGGGGGAAGAUAACCCAGUGUUGAGGUUCAAUCCACUUUCGAAUCGCCUUCAAUCCCCCCACGGUUGGAGGAACUGUGAAGCCGAGCUCCUGAUGGUAGUCGCCUGCCCCCGGUUCCACCAGGCGUUCUCCAAAAUCUUCAGUGCUUCAGAUCAGUGGCAUUUUGGAGGGAAUGACUUUGAGCAGAAAGUCAACUCUUUGGAGCAUGACUUGCAUGGCUUGCACUGGUUUGCUCUGCUGAGGAUCCUGGAGCCUGAGUCCUAUGGGGCAAGUUGGGUGAACUGUGUUCCAGCCGGAUCCCUCAGGAAGGGCGAUACCGUCUUUGCCUGUGGCUCUCCUUUCGGCUCAUUUUGCCCGGAUAUUUUCAUGAACACCCUUAGUAAAGGGAUAGUCAGCAACCUGGCAGGAGCAAACAAUGCCCUCCUCUUGAUUGACGCUCGUUGCUUGCCUGGCACUGAAGGAGGAGGCGUCUUUGUCAUGUCAGGAAUCGGUCCUCAUCUAGUUGGAAUCAUCGUAGCGCCACUUUGCUGGAAAUCCACUGAGUGGGUUGGCUUGACUCUGGUUUGUGCCAUUGACUCCAUUCUGGAGAGUGUUGCGGAGAUGCUUUCUGGGUCUUGUGGUUUCCUGAAGCCUUGGUUGCUCCCCAUGGAACUUGUGACUAGAUCGCAUACGAUGAUGGUACUCGGAAAUGGACUGGACAGGCACCUGUUGGAUGCUGUGGUUCUGAUAGAAUGUGGGUCAGCCUGGGGGUCUGGGGUGAUGAUAAAUUCAAGGCUGUUGUUAACCUGUCGGCAUGUGGUCGGCCGAGCACCAAAUGUCCAUAUCAGGUUUUUAACUAGUCCUAAUAGGGAUUCUGUAGUGAAAGGAAAUGUAGUGUUUGCAACAAAGGACUCUUCUCCUUACGAUAUCGCAUUGGUGGAGUUGGAAGAAAGUUUAUCCACAUUGCCAGAGCUUGUUCUAGCAUCAACGUUUCAUCCAGGAGAAGACGUGAGUAUGGUGAGCUUUGGUGUCUUCGGUCAGGCCUGUGGACCGUCUGUGACAUCGGGAAUCCUCUCGGCUGUGAUCACUGUGGAAGAUAAGCCGGUGAUGCUCCAGGCAACCAGUGCGGUUCACGGUGGCUCAAGUGGAGGCGCCCUUUUUGGCACUCACAGCGGGAAACUUCUAGGAAUUGUUGCCAGCAACACAAGGGAUAACAGCGUCGGUGUGACCUACCCUCACUUAAACUUCAGCAUUCCCAUUACAGUCCUGCAGUCAGCCAUCUUGGAAUAUAUCCACACCGGAAGCCUGCAUGGCUUUCAAGAACUGGACAGAGUAGGAGACAGAAUUCAGGUGGUUUGGAGGCUUCAAAGGGAACCCUUGGAGAUCCCACUCAGCAAACUAUGAGG